UCAGGAGCAGCAGCAGUGCGACCCCCGCAGCAGCUUUACCAUGAACACCUACCUCUUCAUGUAUGACUUGAUGCAAUUCUGUGGACAUUCCUGGAUAUUUACAAAUAUGAUCAUCAGGUUCAUGUCAUUUGGAAAAGAUUCACUGGCAGACACCUUUUACUCCAUAGGAUUUGUGAUGCGUCUUUGCCAGUUGUUAUCUGUAUUGGAGAUCUUACACAUCCUCAUUGGCAUUGAUAAAAGCCAUCUCUUCCCCAGGCUUUUGCAGAUCACUGAGAGAAUAAUUGUUUUAUUUGUUGUGAUCAACAGUCAGGAAGAAGUUCAAGGGAAAUAUGUCGUGUGUGUUUUGUUUUUCCUUUGGAAUGUAUUAGAUGUGGUCAGAUACACUUACAACAUGUUAGCAAGGAUGGGAAUAUACUACCAACCACUGACAUGGCUCAACUUCUCACUGUGCAUCCCGCUCUAUCCCCUUUCAGUUCUGGCUAAAGCAUUUGCAAUUUGUGUAUCCCUGCCUUAUUUUGAAUCCUUUGGCACAUACUCCAUCAAGCUACCAUUUCCAUUUGCCUUCUCAAUCUACUUCCCCUAUAUUCUGAAAGUGUAUCUGCUAGUGCUCUUUAUAGGUAUGUGCUUUAUCAUCCAGAACCUCUUCUCCGAAAGGAAGGCACACCUAGGGACAGGCAAUAUCAAAAAGAAAAGAAACUAAGUUGAUAUUUUGUUUGGAAAUAAGAAGUAUAUUCCCAGUGAGCUGCUGCGUAUCACAGGUUAAAAAGAAAUUAGGCAAAGAUUUUCAAUGCAAAACUCCUGUUCACACGUUCAUCAACUUGUUAUUGAACAAGCACAGAAUUUUCAGAAAAGGCAGCUCUCUUUAAUGCACCUCAAAAAUGGAACAGCUCAAAAUAACAAGUUAAUUUUGAAAGUUUUGAUUUCAAAUGCAGGAAAUGCUUUUGAAGGAAUAUAUAAAAUGAAUAGAUUUUUCCUAACAUAUAUUAGAGAACUCUGAAAAAAUUGAAGUGUCUCCGCUCACAGUCACGCUAACAACCCUGAUUUUGGUGUUAAUUCUUGCCUCAUUAGCAACAGAUAUUCUGUAAUGACAAUACCAUUUAAUCUGUAAGAUUAUUUUAUAUUAGGCCAACAUUUAUGUGCCUUAUAAAUAUAUAUCUAAAUGCUAAAUUAGCUAAAACUGGAAUCUCUCAAGGAGCAGAAGCUGGAAACUUUGCAACCUAUGCAAUUCACAUGCUGAAUAGCCCCAGGCAUUCGCAAAGGAUCCUCACAUUCUGUCUCAACCUUCACUUCUCCAAACAAGAUUUCAGAAAAUCUAGCUAAACCACAAAGGCAAGCAAUCAGGUACUCAUGUACCAUAUAUUCUAGGGGAUAUUUAAGGCUCAGAACUAAAAACUUAUAACCGUAUGUCUGGCAGACAUUAAGAAUCUCUUUUCCCACAAUGAUUUUCUUCCAUGCUGAACAGCAGUCAGAUACACAAAAGAAGUGUGAUGUUAGGCCAUAUACAUGUUAUUUCAAUGGAAGUGAAUGACUAUCAGAAGCCAAAUGCAAAAUUCUAGCCAUUUUACUCAAGUGCAUUGCUCCUCAUACUUCUGCAGGACUACCUGUGACAAUGCAACUAGAACACAGUCUCUUCAAAGGCUGGGGAAUGAAGAAUAUGGACAGCAACGAAGUGGACUGUACAGGCAAAAAUGGACAAAUAACUGCUUUGAGGCUGACAGGGGCUUUUCUGAUGUUUCAUCUAUAUUGGUUAUCACCUACAUUUGAAUUCAAGCAGGUGAGGGAGAAAAGUGAGGGUUUUCUUUUUUUUGAGCAUGACUGAAAACUGGGGGAGGAGAAAAGACUAUAGUUGGAAGGAAGAAAAGAAUUAAGGGGAAAUGAACACUAUCACAAUAUGAAGAGGAUUUGUCUGUAUAACUUUCUAAACCAUACAGCCUAAGAGGGUAUAUUAGGAAGGAGUGAAGCUGAACUAAUUCAUUAUGAAAGGUCACCUAUAAUUUUUAUUUAUUUAUUUAAUAUAUGUGGCAGACAAUGCCUUCAGACUGUUGUGGAAUAUUUGCAAACCAAAAGCAACAUGGUCAUGCAUGCAACAGUAGAGAGUAAACCCUGGAUUUUUAUUUUUUUUCCUUGAAAGCAUUGCAAACAGAGGUAGGAAUUUGGAACUCAUUAGAGAAACAGAAGUUCUUCCACUUUGGACUUCUGUGUGACCCAAACUGAUUUAAGUGUGGGCUAUGUGAAGAAACAUACAGAGCAGCUACGCUUCAAAUCAUUACAUAACAUGUUAAGGUCAAACAUGGACAUUUUUCCCCUUGGAAAUUCAAUCAUCUAAUGUGUUUAUCAUCGAACUGCCUGGAGUUAACAUACCUUGUUAGAGGAAACAUGGCAUUUGACAUUUUACUGGGUCUAUGUGGCAAGGCUUUGGCAGUGGGGAAGCUGCAGUGAUAGCCUCGGUGAGAAGCCAGGGGCUUCAGCCAUGCUAGACAUAGCUAGUUCCAACUAGCUCCAAAACAGAGCAACUACGGGACACUGCAACGUGAAACUGCAAAGCUGAUGGCACCUCUGUGAAAACAUACUUAAUAAAAGGUAAAUAUACACUAUGUGCAGCUGUGAGACAGAAGAGUAAGAAAAUCGUGAGAGAAACGGCUCUGCAGACUCAAGGUCAGUGGGGAAAGAGAGAAGGAAUCUACUCCAGGCACUGCAGUAGAUUCCUCUGCAGCGCAUGGAGAAGAUCAAGAUGGAGCAGAUUGUCCCUCUUCAGCCCACAGAGGACCAUGCCAGAGAGGAUAUCCACACUGCAACCUGUGGAAAACCCCGUGCUGCAGCAGGUGGAUGUGCCCUGAAGGAAGUUGCAGCCCAUGGAGAGGCCAUAUAGGAGCAAGUUCCUGGCAGGAACUGUGGCUCACUAGGGACUGGCACUGGAGCAGCCUUUUCCAGAUGGACUAUACCCUAUGGAAAGGACCCAUGGGUUCAGAGGUGCAACCUGUGAGAAGAAACUAUGUUGGGGCAGUUCAUGAAGGACAGUAUCCCAGGGGAGGGACUCCAUGCUGGAGCAGGGGAGCAACAUGAAGAGGAAUGAGCAGCAGAGAUGGUGGUUUAUGAACUGACUGUAAUCCAUAUCCCCUAACCACCAUUGCACUGCUUGGGGAGAGAGGAGGUAGAAGAGUCAGGAAUGAGGAGUGAAGUUGAGCCUAGGAAGAAGAGAGGAGUGGAGGGAAGGUGUUUUCAGUUUCGUUUUCAUUUCUUACCAUCCUACUCUAUUUUGAAUUGGCAAUAAAUUACUCUUUCCCAAGUAGA